CCUUCCAAUUCUCUCUGAAGCCAGCUCUCUCUCUCCCUCCACCAUGCAGGUCUCUGCAAGAAUGCUUCUGUGCCUACUGCUCACAGUUGCUGCCUGCAGCAUCCACGUGCUAGCCCAGCCAGAUGCAGUUAACUCUCCUCUCACCUGCUGCUACUCAUUCACCAUCAAGAAGAUCCCAGAGAGGAGGCUGGAAAGCUAUAAGAGAAUCACCAGCAGCAAGUGUCCCAAAGAAGCUGUGAUUUUCAUCACCAAGCUCAAGAAAGAGAUCUGUGCUGACCCCAAGCAAGCCUGGGUCCAGGCAUACACGAAUAAACUGGACCAGAACCAAGCUAGAUCAGAAACGACAACUGUGUCUAAAAUUAUGUCUACUGUAAGAUCUUCAGCACCUUUGAAUGCUAACUUGACCCAUGGACCUGCAGUUAAUGCAUCGACCACUCCCUUUCCCGCAGCAAGCUCAAGAACCUCUGUGAGAGUGGCCAGUCCAACAGUGAACUAGUGUGACCUGAAUGUGGUGCUCUAAGUAACGUUAAACUUAUUUAACUUAUUGAUGUCUCGAUAUCCCCUCCCCUGAACACUAGGGUUUCUUAGAUACGUGAUGUG